UAGUAGUUUUUGUUUUGUUUAUUUAUUACAUAUCGGUGUUGUCGAAUAAACAUAUCUGAAAAGAUGGUGGUCAUGUAACAGCAGCGUCGCAUGAGCAGUGUGUGCAUGUAAAGGUCGACCAGCCAGGAAGUUGAGGUUUGCUGUGGGAAGUAUGCUGGGACUUGUAGCCUUCAUAGGUGGUGACCUCCAUGCUACGUCUGGGAGACUCCUGAGAUGCACCUUGAGGUCUUCAGCAGUCCAACAGACUUCUGGCUCCACACACCACCUCCAGAGGGCGUGGCUCUCCUCACAGGCACCUGUCUGUGGACACCAUACCCCUAAACAUAGGACAGGGCUGUAUGGGCCUUUUACACACCCACAGCAGACACUGGGGAGUUCCCGUGGCCCCCUCUCCCGCUUCACCCAGAGGGCCGCCCUAUCCCAGGGACCCAACACCUCCACAGCCAAUAUCAGGCUGCGAACACGGCUGGUGGUCACCCUGCUGUUCGGCGGGGGUCUGCUUGGCACCUGGUGGUACGUGCGUAAUGAGAAGCAGCAAAAUCACAGAAUGCAGCGUAUAGAGCAGUUGAAAAAGGUGACCCUGGGCCAGGGAGACUACAGCCUCCUUGACCACAGGGGGCACCGCAGGACCAAGAGAGACUUCCUGGGUAGCUGGGUGCUCCUCUACUUUGGCUUCACCCACUGCCCUGACAUCUGCCCCGAUGAGCUGGAUAAGAUAUCUGCUGUGGUCAGCACUCUGGACAAGGACCCGUCUCUCCCUCCGGUCCAACCGCUGUUUGUGACGGUCGACCCGGAACGAGACGAUGUGGCGGCCCUGGAGAGGUACGUGAAGGACUUCCACCCCCGGCUGAUCGGCCUGACGGGUACCCCAGAGGAGGUGAAGGUGGCGGGGAAGGACUACAGGGUGUACGCCAGCCCUGGACCUAAGGAUGAGGACGGGGACUAUAUAGUGGACCACACCAUCCUCAUCUACCUGGUCAACCCAGAUGGACUGUUCCUGGACUAUUACAACAGGAUGAAGGAUGACGUGCAGAUUGCUGAGAGCAUCAGGAACCAUAUGAAGAGCUACGUCAAACUCCCUGAGUGAAUGAUGGUAACCACGCCAACAAGACUGUAUCAAAGACCUAUAGUAUGUUAAAUUUAGGCUGAACCCAAAGUCCAGAUAACAAUAAUCCUCCAUCAGAAAUGAGGCCCUGUGUUGAAUUAUUCCCAGACCAGACUGAACCACAACAAUAUGGACGCUUCAUCGAGGCUAUGCUGAUUCUGUGUGUGCAAUAAAUUGUUUUUGUCUGACACCGAGAA